AAAAAUGUUCAAAAGAAUUUCCUUAGAAAUUCCAUCGAUUCUCGAAUUGAGAGGAUCGGGACUGCUACCUUCGCUCCGCCAUUUUUCUCUCCCACCACUCUUCGUUGAUUCGAUCAGAUUUCUGCAACUCUGUCUAGGGUUUGAUAUUCUCCAAGUUCAGUCAAGAAAAAUCUGAAGGUUUACCAACGUUGAUUAGGCUGGAAGUCUGAUUUAAGCUUCGUCGAAUAGGGAAUUUUAAGUUGAAAAAGGAGAAAGUUCCUUCUUUUCGGUCUAUAUUUUGCUUCUGGAAAUUUAGCUGAGUAACAAUGUCGGUAACCGCGGGUGUUAGUGAUACUGUAAUUGCUGUUAGGGAUAAACUUAGAGGUAAAAUUGGACAAACAAAAGUUAAGAGGUACUGGCCUGGAAAGGCACCCGAGUGGGCGGAUGAUGCUGAUGAAGAUGGCGAUAUUAGGAUGUCCAGGGUGGCAGCGCUUGAGAAAGCAUUUCCAAGUCAGGAAGAUUCAGAUCUUUCUAAGAAGGACGACCCUAGGUUGCGCCGUCUAGCUGAGAGUCGGAUAGAUAAUCGGGAGGAGAUCAGAGCUGAUCAUCGACGUAUUCGCCAAGCUGAGAUUGUUUUGAACAUUGAAGAGGAAACUCGAAGGCAGGAGGGAAUAGAUGCAGAGGAAGAGGACGAGGAUGCUUUGGAGGAAAGAAGAAGAAGAAUCAAGGAAAAGUUGCGACAAAGGGAGCUAGAAGAAGCUGCAUUCCCUAUAGAAGAAGAGGAGGAGGAGCCAGAGGAAGAGGAAGAAGAGGAGUCUGAGUAUGAAACUGACUCAGAAGAUGAACCUACUGGUAUAGCAAUGGUGAAGCCAAUAUUUGUUCCUAAGUCAGAGAGAGAGACAAUUGCUGAACGAGAUCGUAUUGAAGAGGAGGAAAGGUCUCUUGAGGAAUUGAGAAAAAGGAGAUUGGAGGAAAGGAAGGCAGAGACAAAGCACAUUGUGGUUGAGGAGAUUAGAAAGGAUGAAGAGAUCCAGAAGAAUUUGGAAAUGGAGGCAAAUAUUGCUGAUGUGGAUACUGAUGAUGAAAUUAACGAAGCCGAAGAAUAUGAGGCUUGGAAGGUUAGAGAGAUCUCGAGGAUCAAGAGGGAUAGAGAACUCCGAGAUGCAAUGUUGAAGGAGAGGGAGGAGAUUGAGAAGGUGAGAAAUAUGACUGAGGAAGAGAGGAGAGAAUGGGAGAGGAAGAACCCGAAACCUGCUCCACCUCCUAAGCAGAAGUGGAAGUUCAUGCAGAAAUAUUUCCACAAGGGUGCAUUCUUUCAGGAAGAUGCUGAUGAUAAUGCUGGAACCGCAGGAUCUGAUACUAUUUUCCAUCGUGAUUUCUCUUCCCCAACGGGAGAAGAUAAGAUGGACAAGACAAUAUUGCCCAAGGUUAUGCAGGUCAAGCACUUUGGUCGUAGUGGGAGAACAAAAUGGACUCAUCUUGUCAAUGAAGAUACAACUGACUGGAACAACCCUUGGACCUAUAACGAUCCUCUUCGGGCAAAAUACAACGCAAAAAUGGCUGGAAUGAAUGCACCAAUUGCGAAGCCUAAAGGAAGCAAGAAGUUGAAGGAUUGGGAAUCUCGUUGAGUUUUAAUGACGUAAAAGCACGGUUAGGAAGCUUUUCCAGUUAUCCCUUUUUCAUUGUUCAAUUAGAAACAAAAAAAAUUGCUUGCUUAAUGGGUUUACCAAGUUAUUUAAGCACCCAUCUUUUCUUUUCUUUCAAACUAGAAAUGUACCUGGAUUUUGUAUGCUGAUGUAAUAUAGUUGCUCAUUAGUCAUUAUGCUUCC